GCCACCGUCUUUUCGUUGUUGCGCAGAUUGACGAUGGACCAGCCAUUCGCACAGCGGCAGUGGAUGAGGCGCUUGGGUCCGCACGAUGGAGCUUUCAAGCAGAACUGGCAUGUCCGGAUGCAGCACGGAACGUUUCCUUCCAGCUGAGACGGGAAGGCACGUUUGGCUCUCGUUUCCUGGGCGGCUGCCAGCUGGCCGUCACGCAGAUUGCGGAGGCAGACCUUCGGAACCAGGUGCUCCCACUGUAUGAGAGUUCUCGGCAGGUCGGCAAACUCCGCCUCUCCCUCGCGCUCUCCGCGGGUAUCCGGCCGGAACCCCCACGACGGGGCCUCACAAACCUCGCUGCUGGCGGUGCCUCCACUCUCGUCAACCACAGCACGCGUGGCUCUGGAGGCCUUCUCAACCGCGCCAGUACCUUCGAGGAUUCCGAGAGCAAGCCGAGCUUCAGCCGAGGUGCCAGCGGCCUCGUCAGCAUCGCCCCGGAAGCGGGGUCCGGCCUCAAGAACCUGGUGGAGCCGGUUCACCAGGCGCGAGCUGGCUCGAAAGAAGGGUCUGAGACGCGCCCCAGCUUUGCCCGAGGUGCCAGCCAAGGGCUUGCCAACCUGGCGGUCCGGGAAGAUGGCUCCCGGCCCACGGCUGUACCUCAUGCGCUCGAGCUGCUUGCAGAGGUGCCGAGCUUCGACCCAGGCAGCGAGGAACACAGGCGGAAGCUGGCUCAGGCCCUGGAGAGCCUCAGGCGUGCCUCUGGCGAGGAUUUGCAGGGCGCGCUGGGACGCCGAGCCUUGCAGGAGUGCUCGCCGAAGAUUGAGGCCAUCUUUGAUGAAGCGCUGCGGCUCGGCAGCGAGAAGGAUGCCAACGCAGCGCUCUGGCUGGCCGGGCGCCUCCCAGCCGAGGACGAGGAGGUCACGCUGCAGCUGUCCCUGCGGCGGAGGUGGGACAACCACUGCCUCACGGAGGCUUUGGUGAAGGCCCAGAGGCUCCUGGAGCCGGCGGGAGCCGCCGGCCCCGAGCUGGAGGACUUCAUGGAGGCGUUGGACUUUGCCGAGUUUCAUGCUCCUCGGGCACAGCGUUCGGCAUCUGCAGAGAUCGAGUCCCUGCUGGCCGUCCUCGCGCCAUCCCUUUGUGCGACAGCAGAGAAGAAGCUGGCAAGCGGAGAAGUGCACAAGGUGGAAGCCAUCCUCGCGACCGUGGGCAGCGCCCGGCUGGAAACGUUGCGCCUUGCCGCCGUCAAGCAGGAAGUGCAGCGGCUCCGUGCCAUGGAGUUGCUGGAGGCAGUUCUCUCCCCGGACUUUGCCCGGUCUGGAGCCAUGGAGCAGCAGCGACGGAAGCUGCGCCACGCAAUCAUGACUGUCAAAACGGCGCUGGCCUCGGACAAGGCUGGGCGGACUGCGCAGUCAGUCAAGGACUUGGUGGCCAAGGGGCUCCCUCGCAGCUUCGCCUCUGCCACAGCCGCUGCCUGGACGCUCCACGUAUUGAGAGAGCUGCAGCUUCCAGGCGCAGAGGAAGAGGUCGGCCCCACCAUCGCUUCUUGCUUCCGCUCCGCGGAUGCGGCGUUGACCGUGCAGAUCCUGCACGAGGCAGCCCUGCUGGGCGACGCAGCGCCCCUGCCAGACUGGAUCCUCCCGGAAGAGCUGAAAGUGCGGAGGCAGCUGCUUCGCCAUAUCCUGGCGGCAGGAGAUGAUGACAAACUGCAUGGCGCGUGCCAGAGCUUGGUGGAGAUGGGAGGCCUGGCAGCUUGCCAAACCGACCUGCAACAGGGCUUCGAGCGUUUGCAGAGCCUCUUCCGCCUUCCCGCCGCGUGGUCCAUGGAGGCACUGCUGCGAGGAUCGAAGAAGAAGCUGCUGGCCAAGAACAAGGUCACAGACUCCUCCCUGCUGUCCACCUUUGCCAUGCUCCUGCGUGACACCACGCUGAGCAUCCGGACGCGAGAUCGUGCUGGUGGACUGCCCUCGCGGUAUGAGCUGCGCGGAGCGGUGGAGGUGAUGAAUGCGGGUGCUUGGGCGACCUACCAGCAGAGGCGGGAAGGCAUCGUCCAAGACUGCGCCCACCUUCCGGAGGCUGCGAAGCAGAUGGAGAACUGGCAGGAUGCCCUUGCCGGAGAACCCAUGACUGCAGCGCCCGUCGCUGGAUUGAUGCCGUCCCACGCUCUUCGAACAGACAUGCACCAGAAAGCUAAUGAGUUCUGGUUCUUCCACGGUACCUCUCAUGCGGCUGCCGAGGGCAUCACCUCGGACGAUUUCGACCUCACGCGGGCCAAUCCUUCAGGCUUGUUUGGUGCGGGGCUCUACUUUGCAGAGUCAAUCAGCAAGGCUGACGAGUACGUUCACGGUGAGGUUGUGAACGGACGUGUUCUGUACCCCGUUCUUCUCUGCAGGGUCUGCUUGGGAUAUGUCUUCUACUGUGCUGAGCGCCGACCCGACCGGCGGCAGCUGGAGACGCGAUGUCUCGCUGAGAGGUGGCACAGCGUCCUCGGAGACCGAAGAAAGACGUCUGGUACUUUCCGCGAGUUCAUUGUCUACGACAGCGAGCAAGCCUUUCCUGCAUACAUCCUCUACUAUGAGCGGGAGGCAUAG